UUUGGGUGAUGGCAUUGAGGGCCGGCUAAAAGAGGUACUGUUUGCAUAGUGUAGGGAAACAGGAAAAAGGACGGAGAGGCGGGUCUGUGGUUUCAGGUUAAAUUACUAGAGCUUUUGCAAAAGAUGGGCGGGCAGGAGCAAACUCGAGUACCAGUAUGCCCUAAGUACCCUCUCGCUAAUGUUAGUUUGGGAAACAUCUUCAUCCUUCAGUAGCUUUUCCCUAGAUUUAUGUCGUCUCUCUUUCUAGAGCCGAGCUGCUGCCCUUGACUGGUGCACAGAGGACCACAGCUGCAAUGACAGUUUGGGCCUGCAAAAAGACGGCUGGAACAACGGGAAAUGGAAGCUUUCUGCAAAUGGGCACAGCUGUAGAUGCAGAACUGAUGCCAUCUGGUGCGAUUCUACAGAAUAAGAGAGAAAAUUUACCCGGAGUGUGCCAUGCACUGGCUUUUCUGGGAAUGGCAAGGUGCCAGGAUUUGUUUUUGGUUCGCUUGCAGGGGUGGAAACUUGGAACUAGGUUCCAAGAUGGUCCCCGCAGCUCCCCACAAGAAGAAGGAGGAAGCCCACAGAGAAAACGGGGCAUGCCAGUUCAAAUCCACUUCCUUUUAAAGAACUUCCUCAGCAGCCCAAUAACUUUUGCCUUCAUCUCAUUGGCUAGAACUGUGUCAUUGGCUACUGAUAUCUGCAAGAUUGUCUGAGAAAUGUAGUUUUUGUAGCUGGAUAGAUAACUGCCUUUGACAAAAAUCCAGUUUCUCUUGAUGAGGAAGAAGAUGGUGGUGGAUCUUGGGAGGACAACUAACAUUUUAUGCCCUGGCUACAAAAUACAGUUGCAGAGGAGCAUAAAGUUCAAAAAGAUCAAAACUCUAGUUCAUUCGCAACUGUCAAAGCUCCAAGCAGCACUGCUCCCCUCUGACAGAGUGAGCAGAGUGAAGGCGUGUUAGGUGUUCUCACAAAACUCUUGACAGGACUGACCUCUCUCAGCCAACAUCCUUGUCCCACAUCAGGAUUUUCUAGAGGGCCCUGGGUACCUGUGCACUUCCUUGGUGGCCAUAACCUCUUUGUGGAGGGUUGGUGUAGGAUAAAAAAUGUUCUAUUACGCUGCUCCCUCAUCUGCAUCAUUUCUCUCCUCUCUAAUUUUCCUGUCAGUUAUAUUUUGGUGGAGUCUGGGUUUGUGUAUUUGAUUCCUAUAAAAAGACCAUCGCUUUCAUGCAUGGAGGAGGGGAAUCUACGCAAAGAAAGUCUACCUUACUCCUUUCUGUGACUCCACCACCAGUCUAGGAAUAUCCUGAGAGAAGAAUUGCCUCUCAAAGCUGCUUCUAUAAGCAGCCUACAUCCUAGCUAAGCAAAGAAGAAACACUUCCCACAUCUAGGGCUGUCUAAAAGAACUUUCUGUGAUGACAGAAAUGUUCUAUAUCUGCAGUGUCCAAUAUGGUAACCAUGUAGGCACAUGUGGCUAGUGAACACUUGAAAUGUGGCUAGUGUGACUGAGGAAGGAAAAUUUAAAUUUUGUUUAAUUGUAAUUAAUUUAAAUUCAAAUAGCCAAAUGGGGCUACCAGCUAUUGUGUUAGAUAGCACGGUAUACUUUAUUCUCUUUCUUGUGUUGUAGAACCAGCUGGGAGAGGUGUUGGUCAGUCAUGGGCUUGAUGUCCCCUGGUCUUCACUAUUCUAGCUUGCCAUUGAACUUGUCUCCCAGAGGAAAAGAAAGAAUGGUAUUUGGCAUUAAAUUCAAGGUGUUAACUUGACAUCUAUAUAUUGCACAUAUUCCUGUAUAGUGAAUGGAUGGUCUCCUGGGAAUAGUUCCUGUGAUUGAUUUUAGUGAUAACUGAUCAUGAAGAAAUGGCAGUACUGCUCCACUUCACCUUCCUAGUGACUAUUAUGUGUUCCUAGUCAGAGUGACUCAGCAGAGAUUAUUUUGUUCUCUUGUGCAAUUUAUUCUGUGUCAUUUUAUUUUUGUAAUAUUGUGGCAGCUAAAUGAUUAUUCUGUGUAUGUUUUUCAAAAUAUUAGGUGGCUUAUAUUUUUUAAAAGUCUAUGAAAUAAAAAUAAACUAUAUGUAA